AUGGCCCUGGACACAAGCCAGGAUCCGUCCUUCUUCUCCGGGAAUCACUGGCUCUCCUUCUCCGUGUACCUCUUGGCCUUCCUGGUGGGGCUGCCCCUCAACCUGCUGGCCCUGGUGACCUUCGUGGGCAGGCUGCAGCGCCGCCCAGUGGCCGUGGACGUGCUCCUGCUCAACCUCACCCUCUCCGACCUGCUGAUGCUGCUCUUCCUGCCCUUCCGCAUGGUGGAGGCGGCCAACGGCAUGCGCUGGCCCCUGCCCUUUGCUUUCUGCCCCCUCUCUGGCUUCCUCUUCUUCACCACUGUCUACCUCACCUCCCUGUCACUUGCGGCCGUGAGCAUCGAGCGAUUUCUGAGCGUGGCUUACCCGCUGUGGUACAAGACGCGGCCCAGGCUGGGGCAGGCGGGGCUGGUCUGUGUGGCCUGCUGGAUCCUGGCCGGGGCACACUGCAGUGUGGUCUACUUCAUUGAAUAUUCAGGGGACAAUGCCCACAGCAAGAGUACCAAUAACACCUGCUACCUAGAGUUCCGGAAGGACCAGCUGGCCAUUCUCCUGCCCGUCCGGCUGGAGUUGGCGGUGGUCCUUUUUGGGGUGCCCCUGCUCAUCACCAGCUACUGCUACAGCCGUCUGCUGUGCCUGCUCAGUCGGGGUGUCAGCCGCCACAGGCAGAGGAGGGUGGCAGGGCUGGUGGCUGCCACGCUGCUUAACUUCCUGGUCCUGUUUGGGCCCUACAAUGCAUCCCACGUUGUGGGCUAUGUCCAGAACCAAAGCCCAAUGUGGAGAAGCUAUGUGCUGCUCCUCAGCACCCUGAACUCCUGCGUCGACCCUCUCGUCUACUACUUCUCCUCCUCUGGUUUCCAGACUGAUGUUCGAGAGCAGCUGAAGAGGCUAGUGGAGGCCUGGGGCCUCUGGAGGCAGACAAACAGUGAGAAACUGGAGGAGACCAUGGAGAGGGAUAGGAAGGUCCAGGAGCAGGGCAGCUUAGGGGUAUAGGGGGGCUGUGGGGCAGUGAGAGGCCAGGUCAGUGCCUCCCUCAAGACUGAAAGGGUCAGGGGGGAUCAUCUGGAAAGUAUGCCCAGCUUUCCUCAGGGUGUUGUCAUCUAAGCCCCAAAGUUAAUCUCAUCACAUUGCCCUUCCUCCCCUCCCCCCACUCCACACACAAUAUGGUUUCCAGCUGGGCCAUAGCCAAGGGGAGAGAUAACUUUAGAGGAAAUGUGUCCCAUGGCAGAACCACUCCUGUGCUUUUCUGAGGCAGAGAAGAGUUGUAAGAAGCUCUCUCAGGGUCUCAGGGCACAGCCCGAGAGUGGCUGGCCUGGGAGGCCAGGGGCAGAGGUGACACAGGACUUCAGGUGUGAGGGAGCAGCCUGCUCUCACAAGGACUUUUGCAAGAAGUUUCCACUAUUCAACAGCUUCAGCUGUUCAGCAACAUUUAUGAAGAACAACAGAAGAAUCACUUCAAUAAACUGAAGUGAAGUGAGCAAAAGCAAAUGGUCCUUUCUCAUUCUGUGCUUUUCUCAUGGUGACAUAAGGAGGUGGGAUGG